AUGGCGGACGAAUAUGGAGAUAUGAUUUACUUUGAUCCCUACGACGACGAACUCAUCAACAGCUAUCUAAUUCCCAAGUUGAAAGGUACGCUCGAAGAAACCUUCAUAUUGGACAUGGACGUUUACGCCAAGGAGCCAUGGUUGCUGCACCACACCGAGGAUCCUUUUUUCAAGAAGGACGAGUGGUACUACUUCGUCACAAGGACUCAAGUCUCUGCCAAGAACAACGGUUGUGGUAAGAAGGCGAAGCGGAAGAUCAACGAUGACAACGAUCGCGGGUGUUGGAAGGCGAACGCGAAAGAAAAUAUCAUCGACUAUAAAACAAGGAAGGUCAUUGGGGUAAAGCAAACCCUAACUUUCACUAAAAGCAACGAAAACAAGAAGAGGCAGAAGAGAGGAGACGGUACUUCUUCAUGUGCUAUUGCCCCACGCAGCAACAACAGCUGGAUUAUGACAGAGUAUAUGCUUCCGGGAGGAGAUCAGUUUCAAGAACUGGUCCUGUGCAAGAUCCACGAGAUUAAUAAGUCCAAGAAGAAGGACGAUCAUCAUGAAGCAUCAACUUGUUGCCAUCCUCAUCAUCUUGAAUCUUGUUCCUCGGAGCAGCAGCCGAUCAAUACUGAUCACGAGUCUUCUCUAGAGCAGCAGCAGACAUUAUCAUGCGGUGGUAAUGGACCCGAGAUUACGCACCUGGAAACGACGAGAAACAUGGUUCAUCAAAAAGAUGCAGACUCAAAGAUCGAGAUGUUUCCAGAAAGAUCAGCAGAGAAGGAUGCACAAGCUGAAGACACGGAGUUGGAAAAUUGGAUUGCAGAUCUGAUGGACAAAUUCACAACCAAAGAGAUGGAAGCUAUUGUCAACGACGAUGUUCAACAAAUACCAGAAGAAGAUGAUCAACAACGACCAUUAAUCACCGCUCUUCCUCAAAUGAUCGGGUUAUGGAUCGGGUUUGCAUGUGGAAGAAGAUGA